AGCGGGAGCGGUAACACCGGGAGAGCCCGGGAGGCAGCGGGGGUGGCACCACCGAGGCUGCCCGGAGCGUAGAGGGAGCGGCGGGGGCGGCACCGUCGGGACCGCCCGGGGCACAGCGGGAGCGGUAACACCGGAGGCGGAGAGGGAGCAGCUCAGCCGGGACAGGCCGGUAGCGGCACCGCCGGGAGCAUCGGGAGCGGCUCCACCGGGAGCGCAGCGGGAGCGGCACCGCCGGCAGAGCCCGGGGCUCAGAGGGAGCGCCGGGGCGGCCCCGCCCGGGCGAUGCGGGCGUGCGGGGAGGCGCCGCACCAGGCGCUGGGCCGGCUGCGGUUCGUGCUGCAGUGCAGCGAGUGCUUCCGCCGCGCCCGGGCGCUGCCCGCCGCGCUCUGCUUCGUGCCGCGGGAGGUGCAGUACAAGAUCUGCAAGGACCCCGCCGCCGCCCCCGCCGCCCGCAGCCUCCUCAGCGUCUGGGACAGCCCGGGGCCGGCGCGCGGCGCGAGGCGGGCGGCGCGGGGCAGCAUCGAGGUGCGCAAGGGCGGCUGCCUCCGCGCCACCGGCGAGGAGUUCUGCAACGGCGCCGGGCUCUGGGUCAAGCUCAGCAGGGAGCAGCUGGAGGAGCACCCAGGCUGCCAUGACCUGGAAGAGGGCUGGGUGCUGGCGCGGAAGUUUGGAGAGGGAGGAGAGAAGUUGGUGCCGGUGGAGUCCGUGGAGAAGAUCCAGUGGCAGCACCAAGCACUUGGGGUUGACUAUAAAACCCCAGCCAGCUGGGAACAAGUGGUGGACCUGAUGUACUCCAUGCGCCUGGGAGAGAAGCCCAUACUCAUAGAGCAGGAUGAAGCCGCGGUGCAGAAGUUUCGGUUCAUCCCCCCAGGCUGGAGUUACGAGCGUGACAUGGAGCUGGGGCGCUUCCUGUAUGACCACAGUGAGGAAGAGUUGCAGUGUGGAGACUGCAUCAAGGAGCAUGUCAGCAGCAUCGAGGUUUCCUCAGAGACGGAUGACUACAGUGUGGCCCAUCUGACCGACAACCAGGCACACACCUUCUGGGAGAGCAAUGGGCCCGUGGGGAAGCAUUGGGUGCGGCUCAACAUGAAGAGGGGCACCAUUGUCAAGAAGCUGUGGCUGAUGCUGAACGGGCAGUGCAAUUCCUAUGUACCCAGGCGGGUGGCUGUGUAUGGGGGGGCACCGAACAGGCUGCAGCACCUGAGAACCGUCCUAAUUAAUGAGAACAGCUUCCAGGAUGUCUGCAUCCUCCGUGACAUGAAGGCCCACCUGCCAGUGCUGGAGAUCCGCAUCUUGGAGUGCCGGGACCAAGGGUACAAUGUCCGCCUACGAGGAAUUAAGAUCAAGUCCUUCUGGGAGUGGGACCUGGUCCUCAAUGCUGACAACUUUCAGCCAGCCCAGCUGGUACGCUACCCUCUCCUGAAAGGGGUGGAUGCCGACAUGCUCUACCGACGGGCUGUGCUUAUUCAGAGGUUCGUCCAUCUCCUGGAGAGUGUCCUGCAUUACUUGAUCCCCCUCACUGAGGACAGCACCAGCACCUUCAAUACACUCAGGAGCAUGAAGCCAUUCUUGCUGCUGUCCAAACACAGCACAGCCAUCAUGGCCCACUGUCUCCGGUCCUCAGAGAGCACUGCCCCUCAGACCCUGCCAAAGCUGUACAUCAACCGGCACCUGGCCCGGGAGCACCGCAACAACCCCGCGCUGGACCCCAGCGGCAGGAACACUGUCUUCACUCAGCUGUAUGAAGGCCUCAGAUCUCCCAAGAACAAUCAGCCUCUGGACUACAGGUGGCCCCUGAGCUACAGCCAGUGGUGGGAGUGUGAGUUCAUCACUGAGGGCAUCUGUGACAAUGGUGGUGGUUUUCGGGACAGCCUGUCGGAUAUAUCAGAGGAGCUGUGUCCCAGCUCAGGCGAUGGCCCCGUGCCCCUGCCCUUCUUCGUGCGCACCUCCAACCAGGGUAACAGCAGCAGUGACACCAGGGACACAUACGUCCCUAACCCCUCCUGCAAAGACUUCCCCAAAUACGAGUGGAUCGGGCAGCUGAUGGGAGCAGCCCUGAGGAGCAAGGAGUUACUGAUCCUGGCUCUGCCAGCCCUGGUGUGGAAGCAGCUGGCAGGGGAGGAGGUCGACUGGAGCAAGGACUUCGCCACUGUGGACUCGGAGCUGGUGAAGCUGCUGGAGGUGCUGGAGGGUGUGGACAGGGAAGCCUUUGAGGUCAUGUUUGGCAGAGAGCUGACCUACACAACAGUACUGAGUGAUCAGCACAUGGUGGAGCUGAUCCCCAAUGGCAGCAGCACUGUGGUGCGCUAUGAGGAUCGCAAGGAGUUCAUCCGCCUGGUGCAGAAGGCUCGGCUGGAGGAGAGCAAGGAGCAGAUCACAGCCAUACGUGCUGGGCUGCUCCGUGUGGUGCCCCAGCCCGUGCUGGACCUGCUCACCUGGCAGCAGCUGGAGAGGAAGGUCUGUGGGGACCCUGUGAUCACGAUGGACAAACUGCAGAAUUUCAUCACAUUUGAAGACUUUCCCUCUGACGACAUCCAUGUCCAGAAUUUCUUGGAGGCACUCAACAACUUCACCAGCGAGGAUCUCAGUCACUUCCUCAAGUUUGUCACUGGCCGGAGCCGUCUCCCAGUUCGGAUCACUGUCUACCCAGAAAGGUCAAACUCGGACACAUUGGACCUGAUGCCACAGGCGUCCACGUGCUCCUGCAGCUUCUUCUUGCCUCAGUAUUCCUCGGCCAAGGUCUGUGAGGAGCUGUUGCGGUACGCCGUGUACCACUGCAUGUCCAUCGACACCGACAAAGACCCCUGGGACGAAUGAGGCCCUGUGAUGUGGGAGCUGCCCCUGCCAGAGACACCAAAUUCAAUAAACUACUGGGCUGCCAUCCUGCCUCGAGCCCUGUUUGA